UCUAUUAUACUUGUAAGUUUCACUCAAAAAGAUGAGUUGGCCAUUGGCACAUUGGAGGCCAUAGCAGUGCCAAAAGAUUUCCGUGACGAGAGUUUCUUGCAUCAGCUCGAGCAAUUAAGAGUUUUUGUUGGGACAAAGAGAAUUAUUGGAAUCAAGAAAGCAUGUAGCUUUUUAUUUUAUUUAUUCUUAUUGUCCUAAAUUUCUAUUUAUUUAGUUGGCCUAAGUUUCCCAUCAGUCCUAGUUGGAGCCUUCCAGUGGACUCGACACCCACAUCUAGAUCACAAGUUCAAUAUGAAAUGAGAUCGUGUAAAGUAAUCACGUACUCAGAGGACAAAGAUGUGGUGGUGUCAGUUAGGAAUGCCAUGAUGAAAACUCCCAUCGGUGUCCAAAAGGCAGCAGCCAAAAGGUCAGUUCCAAAAUCAUCUGCAACUCAGAAACGUGACCAGUGCCACGCGUAUUCUAUUUUCAACCCCCCCCCCAACUUGCCAACUGAAAACUCAUUAAUAGUUACCAGGAAAAGCAUGUUAGGUUGCCAGUUUAUCACUGGGGGAGAUGAAGAAAAGUGUGAUGUAUCUGAUGAUUGUAGCCUUCAUGUCGAUGAUCAGAAAGAAAAUUCAAUUCCGGACUCAGAGGACGAAGAUGUGAUUCCUCCUACUCCACCUUUGCCUCCAGCGAAGAGAAAACGUGCUAAUCAGUGUGACAAAUCAGUAAGCAAAACCGUAUCCAAGAAAAAUUCAAGUCACAGCAAGGAAAAUGACUCAUUUGUCACACCAAACAGAAGCAAGAAGUCAUCGGCUAACAAUUCCGACUCUCAGAUUCUCACUUCUUUAGACGUCAACAUAUUCGACACCCCUCCAAGUUCUACAACAAAAACUACAAUAAAAGAAAACCCAAAGCGUGUGCUGGGACAAGCGACGGAGCCAGUUUAUGCUGAGUUGCAACAGCAUAAUCUCCGUAGAGAAUACAAGGAUGAAAUCAAUGAGAUUAAAAAUCAAAUCUUCCUAAACGAACAAAUUCAAGAUUCUACCGUUGAGCUAGAAAUCGAGAGAGAAGAUUACAAUAAAAAAUCGUCGAAAAAGAUGCUAUUAUUGUUCGUUUACAAGAAGAAAUAAAAUUCCUGAAAGAAUGGAAUCCACAGGCCUUGGCCAAAAGUCUUAAUGAAGGGUUGGCUCUACUGCACACCACUUUGGAAACCUUGACGAUUAGUUAAGUUACUGCUCAACAAUCACGUCUUCAAUUAGAAAGAAGUGAAAGCGGCAAAAGAACUAACCUAUUGAAGCUUCACAAAGAUUACGAGACAACGAUUCAUCAAAAUGCGUUAGCAA